UUAUUAUUUAUCUUUUGUUAAUUUAUUACCAUAUCUUUAAUCUAUACUCUUUCUUGUCAAACUGUUAGCUGCAGCAUUUCUCACCACUUCAUGAUUGUCUUUUGUUUUUAUUUAUUUAUUGUUUUUUAAUGACUUCUUGAUUUGUGGUUUUAUGUCUUUGUCAAGCACCUUUUGUUUUGAUGAAACGUGCCCAAAAAUAAAGUGACUGAUUGAUUGAUCAGGUGAUUGACUGAAACAACUAAAAGAGAUUUUAACGGGGUGAUGCGCGCGUGCAACUCAAAUCAGCAGUCUCCUCCCACGUCCUCCCAGCAGACUCGCGUCCACUCCCACUCAGGAACUUCAGUCACACAUGUGACUUUGCAGAAAGAGGUAUGGUGAGUGUUCUGCUCCCACAUCUGCGCAUUCCAGGAUUGGACGUGUGGCUUUAUGGUCAGUGAGUUUUCUGCAGGGACAGGUGUGUGUAUAUUCCUGGUGACUGUCUGACACAGUCUGGUGCUGGGAAAGGCGCUGUUUUCAGUGGGUGAGUCAUUCAGCAUCUCGGGUCCGUCCGGUCCACCCCUCCAGCCAGACGCAGCCAGACGCGUCAGUCUCGGGAUGUGGAGAAGUUGCGUCUGGCGCGCGCCUCCUUUACGCGUUUUCUCUCAAAGAUCCCAAGAAGAAGACCGACUCCGCUUCUGUGAUAAACGUCCAAAAUGAAAAGCCAAAGUAAGAGAGCCUCAGCGGAUCCCCACAAAGUCAGAGAGAGAACUCCAUCGCCGUGUUCAGGCUGAGCGCGCGCUCAUCCAGCAUCCGCGACCAUGUCUGUGGCUCUCACCUCCCCCCUGAUUCUCUACAUCGGAAUGGAGGUGCUGAUCGCGAUCUCCUCGGUCAUCGGGAACGUGAUGGUGGUCUGGGCUGUGCGCAUCAACCGCGCACUGAGAGACACCACCUUCUGCUUCAUCGUCUCCCUGGCCUUGGCUGACAUUGCAGUCGGGGCUCUUGUCAUCCCUCUCGCCAUAACCAUCAGCAUUGGACUCGAGACGCACUUCUACAGCUGUCUGCUGGUCGCCUGCACGGUCCUUGUCCUCACUCAAAGUUCCAUCCUGGCGCUGCUGGCCAUCGCCUUUGACCGCUAUCUCAGAGUGAAAAUACCAAUGAGCUACAAGCGAGUGGUGACCCCUCGGCGAGCUGGCACAGCCGUGCUGUUAAGUUGGCUGGUGUCCAUCAUAGUGGGCCUCACGCCCAUGUUGGGCUGGAACAACCUGCAGCAACUUAUUAACAACGGUUCUUUGAAAACGGACCUCCUGGUGACCUGUAAGUUUGAGACGGUCAUCAGCAUGGACUACAUGGUCUACUUCAACUUCUUCGGCUGGGUGUUGCCCCCUCUGCUGCUCAUGCUGGCCAUCUAUGUCGAGAUUUUCUACAUGAUCCACAAGCAGCUCAACAAAAAGGUUUCUGCCAGCCACACAGAUCCGAGGCGUUAUUUUGGGAAGGAACUUAAAUUAGCCAAGUCUCUGGCGCUGGUUCUUUUCCUCUUUGCAGUCAGCUGGCUCCCACUUCACAUCAUAAACUGCAUCACCCUCUUCUGCCCUGAACUUUACAAGCCAGAAUUCUUCAUUUACAUCGCCAUCCUUCUCACUCAUGGCAACUCCGCUGUCAACCCCAUCGUUUAUGCUUUCCGCAUCAAAAAGUUCCGCACAGCGUUCGGGAAAAUCUGGAAACAGUACGUGCUUUGUCGGGAUCCAGUCGGCCGUCUUCCUCAAAGGGGGAGUCAGGGAGUACGGCGUAACGAGACAAGACUUAGGCAGAAUGACCAUGACGACAAUGAUGUGUGACCUUUGGCGAUUUAUUGAGUUAAGCUGCGACCAUGUUUAAUGUAUCUCACAACGAGGAGCGGCUCCUGCCAGAGACACACUACCCAGCGUGCAACAAGAAACCAACGUUACAAACGAGCCACGGGAUCCCCUGUCUGGCUAAGAUGUAAUUAAGACAGAUUUCUCUCUGACACCGGUUGACAAAAUGACCUCUCAUGGGAUAACGUGAGUUUCAUCUGGGUCAAGAGCAACUGGCUGAAGUUGAAUCGGCGAGAGUCUAUUUUUAGCAUAUGUGGUGCAAAAGGGACAUUAAAGUUGGAGCCUUUUUCAUGUCAAUGAUCCUAAUGUAUGUAUUCUUUUACACCACGUGCUGCACUAAUACGAUUCAAUCGGUGGCCUUAAGGGCAGGGAAUGUAACUGAGAGGAAUCAAGACUAAGUGCUGAACAGCAAAUCUACUGUGAGCAAGAAGGUUAAUUGUGCGAACAACCGAGUGCUUUGACAUGCUCCGGGAUAUUUGAUGCACUCUCGAUGCACAGGGGAAGCAAAUCUUGAUGUUGUGUAGGUCUGGUUUACCUUUUAAGUAUCCGAGGCUGUUUAAUUAACAGAAUGAACUAAUAUCUAUUGUGAAAUCAAGAGAUACAGUAGAAGAAAAAUGUUUUUGAUCCCUUUUGGAUUUUGUAGGUUUUUCCCACCUAAAACAAAAGUCUAAUUGUUGGAUAAUUUAAGCAGUGAAGGAUAGAAAAAUCAAGAAAAUGACUUAAAAGAAUUUACAGUGGGGCAAAAAAGGUACUUAGUCAGCCAUCUAGUGUGCAAAUUCUCCCACUUAAAAAGAUGAGAGGCCUGUAAUUCUCAUUAUGGCUAUAUCUUAACUAUGAGAAACAUAACAACAAGAACACCAUCUCUACGGGGAAGCAUGGAGGUGGAAACAUUUUGCUUGGGGUUUUUUUUUUUUUUUUUUUUUUGCACUGGGCUACUUCACCAUGUGGAUGGGAGGUUGUAUGGAGCCAUGUGCCAUCAAAUCCUGAGAGAGAACCUCAUUCUCUCCACCAGGAGGCUCAAAAUGGUACGUGGAUGGGUCUUCCAACAGGAUAAGGAUAAAACAAACAAGAGAUCAAAUGGUUAUUUCCUCUACUGUACGUUACUUGAUGUUUGAACUUGAUUUCAGGUGCUGAUAGAAGGUAUGGCAGCAAAUGUGUGUUUUUGAAUGUGAAUGUUUAGAGCUGUAGUUACUCUGCCUACUCAACUCUCUUUGUCGUUACCAUUUUGUCCUAACAAUGUUACUCCAACGAACACGUCAGUGACUUGUUACACAUUUGACUCCCAGUCGAUAGUGAGAUUUAACAGUAAAACGUAAUGAUGCGUUGUGGUGCUUUCACAGAGUCAGCCUAAACUUUUUAAAUGAAGCAUUUUUGUUAAAAUGUGUGGAAAUCAAAAGGAGACAGCCAACAAUUUGCGGUGCAGACUGUAAUGGACGUGUGUAAAUGUUAUCCUUAGAGUUCGUCUCUUCCACACAGCACUGCUGAGCAUCAUGCAGUUGAUGUUUGAAUGUCAAAACACGGUGAGCAUACAUGUUGCUCCAUGUGCUGAGCAGGGGCUUAAAUUUAUCAUGCACUGAGUGCAUUCAAGUCAUUUUUUAAAACACAGGUUUUACUCCUUAAAAUUCUACUAAAGUUGAAUUUAGAGAAGUUGCAUUUAUUUGCACAUUAGCUCAUUAUUUUUUUAUGUUUGUCAGAAGGCUAAAAGCUAUGUGUAAAUAACUAACCAAGUUACUAUACGUCACAAAAGUCCCAGAGAAUCAUUCAAAAGUUUACAACUCUGAAGAGACUAGUUUUCAGCUGCAUCUCAUUUCCUGCACUUAAAACAGUGUUUUUUUUUCUUCCAGUGAUUUUAAAUUCCACGAGUAGAAAAUGUAAUCAUUUUUAAUAAAAACUCCAUGCUCAUAA